AUGACUUACUGUCCUAGCUGCGGCACAGAGUCAGCCGUAAGCAAAGCACUGGAUAAAGUUAAAAUUAAAAGAGAAAUAUUAUGCUCAAUGUGUAAAAAUCCAUUGGAUCCGAAAGACAAUUUAAUAUCGACGAAAUACGGUCAUACAUAUCAUCGUAUGUGUGUUCAAGGUCAUAGUAGUACUAAACAAAGCACUAACUGUCGCGUUUGUGAUGAAGAAUUGGCUCUCGAUGAAGUACUGAAACGGAAUGAACGAACGAUAGAAGCGCAAUGUGCCGUAUGUGAAAAACCUUUGGACUCGAAAGUCGACUCAGCAACGCUGAUGUGUGGUUAUAAUUGCCAUCGAAGUUGUGCCGAACACCCUCUCAAUUCUAGACAUAGAAGCAAUUGUAGCAUUUGUCAAAAGAGUUUGACUUAUCACGAAGUCCUCGAUCAAGAUAAUAGGUUAACUAACAGUGCAAGAGCUGAACAACAAUCUCCUGAUCAAAUAGAAUCAGAGAAAAACACAGGAAAGAGUGUAUCCACUAUUAUAACCACACCACUGGAAGCUCCUAAUAUGAAUGACAAACAGAAAAACUAUUGGAAAUGUCAAACAUGUCUAAACGAAAAUGAAGAAUCGUUAAAACGAUGUGAAACUUGUGGCCAACCACAGCAUAAACUGACAACGCCAGAUGCGUCACUUGAAAUGAAAUACAAGCAAUUAGAACCAUCGCCGAGUGAUCAAGACAACGAUAUUGACAGACCUCCGAAACCAAUGCCUAGAGACAUAGAGGAUAAUAUUCAAUUAGAACGUACAAUUCGACAACGUUUGUCGGUAGUUUUGAAAGUUGAACCGGUCGAUGUCAAAUGUUAUUCGAAUUUCGGUUUUGGUUAUGUAUGUGUCAAGAAUAAUCAAAUAAAAGAACAUUUGGUUAAUGUUGUUGAUAAAAUGGCGUAUGACUCGAGACAAGAAACAGUAGUGAUUUCAUUUAAAGAUUCAGUCGAGUUCGUCUCAUAUAUUGUAUUUGAUAAAGGGAACGAAAAUGAGGACAUUAAUUUUCCAAAAUCGGACGAAAUCGUUCGUCGAUGGAUCGCUAAUUACAAUGGGGAAAUGCCGCUCGACUGUGAUCAAUUGAAUAUACAAUAUCCCAAUAUCUAUCGUAUCGUAUCUAAAUCACUCGAUGAAUUAUUACGUGUGGCAUCUAGACCAGAGUUGUUGAUAAAAAAUCAACAAGCUCGAGUUUAUCCUUGUGCUGAUUGUAGUUAUUUUGAAAAUCUUCCAACCUCGACAGCUGAAAAUCAAUUACAAGAACUAAUAUGCAGCGCUAUAGAAUUGAAAAAAUGCUCAUUAUCAUCUCUCUAUAUACAAUUUAAUAAACAGAUGAAUAGCGUAUGUAUUCUUGCUACGGAUAAGGCACGAAAAUGGGCAAAAAUAGAUUCGAUCUGCAUUGGCGAUGAAACUAUCUCGAAGAAGAAGAGUCUCAGUUAUCAUCUACUACUUUGUCCAGUUCGUCAAAGAGAUGAUGCUGAUGCCAUCAUUCGUCAUGAAAUAUUUGCCGGGAAAGCGAACAUUUUCAAACAUUCUGGACAAAAUUUGAUUCUCAAAAUCUGUGACAAGAAGGUAUACGAUAAGUGCUUGGACUAUAAAAUACUCAAUAUUGGCAAAGGCACCACUGUCUCCAUGAUGGUUUACACCGGUACACUUACUCUGGAUACGAAUGAGAUUGAUGUUGACACAUGGUAUGGCGAAGAAAUGCUUCGAUAUGCACCGAACAUUAUUCCAUUUAUUCAAAAUCCUGAUCAUACGAUCUUUCGUUUAAAAUGGAAUGCACAAGUUUGGCUCGAACAAUUCGAACGCAUUGAUGUAUUACAAAAAGAAGGCUCAAGAAAUAAGCAUAAUGAGCAAAAGUGUGACCAUGGUUGGAGCAAUGAGAUGCGUCAUCUGCUUCGAGUAACCGUUAUGCUCAAUACGCUUGCUGCUAUACGAAAGAAAUGCUAUACGGUUGGUAAUGAUAAAAUUAGAUUAAAUUUAAAUAAUAAAUUAAGAACAAUAGUCUACGAUCAUAAGUCAAAAUUACAAUAUGGUGGACCUAUGCCGGUACAGAGAACGCCGUAUCAAACAACUGAAGUCAAAGUGGUGAAUGAUGAUUGUCUUGUUGUCUACGAAUAUUUAGUUAAUCAAGGAAGAAAACCUCUUCUUUUGAAUAUGGCUAGUGCAACAAGUCCCGGUGGUGGCUAUCGAAAAGGUGAUGGGGCACAAGAGGAAAAUCUCUUCCGACGAUCUGAUUAUUUUCGAAGUCUUGAUAUUGAUCUUGACGAAUUUGAGCAACCAUCCGAACGAUUUCAUUGUACAUCAACGUGCAAGCUUGAAUCCAUAGCUAAUGCUCGUUCGAUGUAUCCAAUGGGUGAAUAUGGUGCUGUUUAUACAUCGGGAUUGACUGUUUUUCGUCAGACGGAAAAGAAAGGUUAUGAGUUUAUGAAAAAACCAUUAACCGAUGUUUGUUCAUUGGCCAUGGCUGCUUAUCGACAUCCACCAUUGGAUGGAAACAUGUUAUCACCGAAAUAUGCGGUUGGAAUGCGAAAGAAAAUCGAAAAUGUUUUUGCUAUUGCUUAUCAUCAUAACCAUGAUAGUCUUGUUCUAUCGGCAAUUGGUUGUGGUGCAUUUAAAAAUCCACCUGACCAUGUAGCGAAAAUCUUUCGUUCGAUUAUUGAACAAUAUGCAGGCUUUUUUCACUUGAUUGUAUUUGCCAUUAUUGAUGAUCAUAAUGCGGGACAGGAGUCAAAUCCAAAAGGCAAUCUUCUACCCUUUCAACGUGAAUUCGAGCACUUAAGUUUCAAGGCAAUUCAACCGAUAAAUCAAGCAAAUACAAUGUUUGGUCCUUAUCGUUUCUUAUUGAACGGUUCAACUGUAUCUGAUGUUUCCAUUUAUGAUUUGACACCAUGCAAUUUUGCAGCAAAAUGCCGUGAUCUUCAUGAUUCAAAACAUACACGUCAAUAUUCUCAUCCGCCACUCUGUGUAGAAGCUUGUGUGACAAGCGCAUGCUCACAAAUGAAUAAUAUUGUUCAUAUGAAUUCAUUUAUUCAUGGAAAUAUAUGUCCUCAUGGUAGUCAGUGUCAAGAUAUUAAUGAUAAAAAACAUGCUCGAGAAUUUGAACAUCCAUCUGACUGUCCAAAUGGUAGUGCUUGUCAGAAUACGACCGACGAUCAUGAGAGAAUAUAUCGACAUUUGCCAUUGUGUAAAGAUGGAUAUCAAUGCGAUGAUUAUCGUAAACGUAUUCGAAUCCAUUGUGAUGCUUAUCGUCAUUGCAAACCAGAUUGCCAAUAUGGACGCUAUUGUGCUUAUUUUCACAAUGAACAACAUAUAGAAGAAUAUCAACAUCCGUUUCCUUCACCAUGUCCUUGGACACCUUAUCAUUGUGCUUUAUAUGAUGAGUUCACAAAAGCAUCUGACACUAAAAUAGUCUCACGCCAGGUACUAGAACAUUGCACCAAUUUUGCUCAUGUCUGUCAAUUUGGUCGGAAUUGUCUUAAAGAAAGUUCAUCGCAUUUGAAUACAACAAUUCACGUAUCACGCUGUGUUUGUUCGCAGGGUAAAGAAUGUAUGAAACUUAAUCAAGAAGACCAUUUGAAUUCGUUCACACAUCCAAACAUUCAAGAUAUUCGAUAUUUGUGUAAAAAUGAUCCUACAUCUCAAAAAUGUAACAAUGUCGAACAUCAAAUUCAAUAUCGUCAUGAAGUAGCAUGGGAAAAUAGUAGCGUUGUACCCUGGCAUGAUUUGAAUAGAAAUAUAAAUUUUUUUGAAAAUCAACGACAAACUAUUCUCCGUUUACUGGACUACAUAAAACGUGAUCAAUGGCAACGUUCGACAACGAAUGCACUUCGCGAAGAGACACUCGAUUGGAUACGAACUGUUCAACCUAUUCAUCGAUGCAGAUCAGAAGUAUUCGAAUUAUUCCUUCUUCAUGAACAUGUCAUGAGUGAAAGAUAUAUGGAAUAUUUAAAGGAGCCUAAAAUUGUUGCUGAUUGUAUUCUUCAACAUAAUCGAAUCAAAUCCAUUCACAACUUACGUCGAGAUCCAUGUGUAAACCAUGCACGAAAUUAUAUCGAAAGAUUAAUUAUUGAUAUAUAUCAUAAGAAUGAAUUUCUGAAAAACGAUUCGGCAGAUUCGAAUGAUGAACAUUCAUCGAGGAAUAAUGACGAUGUGAUUCAACAAGAAGAAGAUUUUCUUUCGAAGUAUAUUUCUCGCGAUGAUAUGGAUCUAAUUAAUCAAAUAACAAAACAAAUAACUCAAGCUUCGAUAAAACUUCAUACUAAUUCAGUUAGUACUAGUCAGCCAUCCGAUAAGAAAUUGAAAAUAAAUAAAUAUGUAUUAAGUGUACUUGGACCAUAUGUUGGUGGUAAUUGUGGUGAUAUAGUUAUCGUUUUUAAGCGAGAAAUUCUUCAUCAUCCGGAUGCAAAUUUUUCCAUACAAACAGCCGCAUCCUAUCUAUCAGGAAGAUGUUAUAAAUAUCGACCAUGGUUAGGAACCGAUUCAGGUUCGGAAGCUGAACGAAUCAAAUUAUUUAAUGAAACAAAAUUACAUGCUUCUAUUCCAGGCUACGAUCAAGCAGUUGCUAUCGAAUUGAUCGCUUUUACAAGUUCUAAGACUGACAAACGAAUGAUGGACAUUGACAUUGAUCUGAUAUUACACCGUUUGCUCAAUCAUUCGCAAGAUACAAUCGAAGCUCGUUUACCACACCUGAUUCCAUUGGAUUCCAUUGAUCAUAUUUACAUGAUACAGAAUAUCUAUGAUUCGUUCGAUGCUCGUAUUGCAAAUAGAAUUCAAACUAUUUUUCGUAAGCGUUUGACGAUUCUACCGUCUAAAUCAGAUGAAGAAUAUAAUCGUGCUAUUAAUGAUGUAUGGAUUCAAAAAUUUGACAAACGUACUAUACAAUCUAUUGCCAAACCUAUUCAAGGAUUUGCUAUUACAUUACCAUCCACCAAUUUUACCGAUAAUCUUGUUUUACCUCUAACGAUAUCGCAAGCAUAUACAAACUAUCGUGUGCAACAUUCCAAAGCAUCAACGUAUAUGACGAUUUAUAUUUAUUGGCAAGCGUUGAAUGGCGAUAUGAUGUUAACAUUAUCGAACGAACAAAUUCAGUCAAGUGAAUCACAAUCAAAAAUACGUUGUUUAAUCUGUUACAUUUCCGAAAAACCUACAGUCAAUAAUACUCAAUACAAUGAAUCGCCAUCCUAUUUAAGCUUAGGUCAACCAUCUCAACAUCAAACAUUCAUAAAUCAAAAUCGAUACGCGGUUAAAUCGACCUCAUUCUAUCUCGGAUGUAAUUUGGAUGAUUACAUGACAUUUUGCCUUGAAAUACAACCUUCCAGUGGUAAGGUUAAACUUUCACAUGUCAAUUCAAAUUCGAUUUAUAAUCAUCAAGUAAUAUCCUAUCAAUUUGAUAGAUCAGAGAUUGAUCUAGCAAAAUUAGAAUUUAUACAUGUUAGUGCUGGAACUCAUGUUGUAUCUAUUCGAAAUUUCUUUGUCACAUUCGAGAAACAAAACGAUCUACAUCCACCAAUCGAUAUCAAAGUCGACCCAAAUUCUUCGGCUAAAAAGGUCUCAUUCGAUAACGUACAAGUUCAUAGAGGAUCUGGCAGUCCACGUAGAUCAUCCCCUCUAGUAGCUGAUGAUCAUGCAAAACAAUCAUCUGACAUUAGAGGUCCAGUGAAAAGUAAAGCGAUGGAUGACUACUCUGCUGGAAAGAAAAAAGCAUCUUUGACACCAUGUUUAUACGGUAUUAACUGUCUUAUACAAUUUUCAGACGAUGGACCAAUUCAUAAUUCAAAAUAUUCACAUCCAUGUCGUUUUGCUGAACUUUGUCGAGAUCUCAUUUGUCAACCUCAUUUAACGCAUGAACCUCGUCAAGCGGCUAUAUGUGCUUCCGAUCAGAAAUGCAAACUUUUAAAUAAUCCAUACCAUAGAGCCCAAUAUCGUCAUUCGAAUUUGCCCUGUUUUCUGAUUCCAUGUCGAUAUCAAUUAAAGUGCAAGGACGAUUCGCCGAAACAUCGAAUAAAGUAUUCACAUGGAGAAAAAGUUUUAGAACCGGUAGAAAAGCGAUCGUCGAGAGAAUCAUCCAAGGCGUCAUCAGAGUAUGAUGAACGUGAUCAACGAAUACCUUGCCGAUGGGGUACAGCGUGUUGUAACGUGACAGAUUCAGAACAUCGUGCGAAAUAUAGUCAUCAUUCU